AUGGCGACCAACUCACCGGAAACCAACAAGCGACGGGAAUCUCCUUUGCCAACGGUAAACGAAAGGUUGGGACAUCUAAAGCCUUCCAGAGAGCUACUAGAAUACUACAGAAGAAAAAUUGCAGAAUAUGAUGGUGAAUAUGAAGAGAUGGUGAGGAAACUGGAACUGUAUAAGUGCACGUAUGAAGAACAGGUAAAAUGAAGUUGUGUUGUUGUUGAGGCAAAGAGAUCACUGAUCUUAAUCAAUAUAUCGAUAGACGCCGACCUAGAUUUUUUUUUUAAUUUCCGUAGCAUAAGACGCAGUGGGAACUACGACAACGCGAAGAAGAGAUAGCCGAGUUGCAAAAGGCGCUUAGCGACAUGCAAGUUUACUUAUUCCAAGAAAGAGAACAUGUCUUACGGUUGUACGCCGAAAACGACCGCCUGAAAAUUCGCGAGCUCGAAGAUCGCAAAAAGAUACAGCAUUUAUUGAGCCUGUCAAAGGCGACCGUACCUGAAAUUACUUACUUUCAUCACCAGCCACCAGCGAAGGCUAUUGUCGCGCAACAUAAACCGAGAGACAAAGAGAGCGGGAGAAGGCCACUCCCUGGACGUGGCCCCGGGGGACAUAAAAGAGGUAAUAAUGAGAUAUUUCCUUAUCUAGUCCAUUUCUGUUGUAGAGAUUUCAAUGAAAGAAGGUUACUCGUAGUCUGUCACUUUCUACAACGCUUCUUGCUACCAUAUGUUUAAGAUUUGUAUGGCCCUCUUGAAUUGUCCGAGAAAUUUUAGGAAGAGGUGGUGCUUCUCCCUUAGAUCUUUUCUAAGUAAAUUGAAGGCUUUUCUUCUGGAAAGGUUCAUUUUUGGGUCAAAGUAGUCUUUCCCAUCAUCACAAGCCACUCUUAGGAGAAAAAAAAGAGAAUUCCCUCAAGAAUUGUCAUGGGAGAAUUUGGAUCAGGAUCACUUGUUGAUAUAUUUGGUUAUUCACUUGGCUGUCUUAUUUUAGACUCCACUGGAAAUUAUCGUCCAGCCAGAAGUACCGCUGAAGCUGAUGACAACCAGACCCUUUUGCUUCAAAUAGAAUCCUUGCAGGCUCAACUUGAGGAACAGACAAAGCUAGCAAAAGAACAGGUGGAUGCCUUGUUAGAAGAUCGCCGAGUACAUAUGGAAGAACAACAGGCACAGAGGGAGAGAGAUGCAGACAAAAUCAAAACAAUGCAGGAAAAGUUGCGGAAAACACAGGAUCUUCUUUAUGAUAGUACUAAGGAUUUCCUAGAGCUGAAAUAUGAAAUAAGAGCCAAGGAGAGACACUGGAUGGUUGAUAGAGACAGAUUAGCUCAGGAGAUUGAUCACCUGAGAGAACAACUUGAUGUGAGUGGUGUCAGUGUGUUAGAAGUAUCAGGAGAGGUAAUGGAGCCACGUCAAGCGCAAUUGGUUGCAGUCCAGUCACUAAGACAUCAACUUGAACAGACACAGAAACUUGCAGAAAUGUAUAGGGAGCAAUGUAUAGGCCUUGAAGAUGAGUUGGCAAGAAUACGAGAGAAGACUGAUGUUAGUGAAGACAUUUUCAAGGAGCGCUCUGAGAAGAUGAGCAAGAGAUUGGCAUUGAUGAAUUCCCGAUAUGAAAACCUUGAGAAAAGAAGAGCCAUGGAAGUUGAAGGGUUCAAAACUGAUAUUAAAAUGCUAAGAGACAAGCUGAAGAAUGUUGAGAAGCAGCUUUAUAAGGUAAGAAAAAAUGUUUUACCUUACAUUGUAAAGUGUGAUUGGACAUCGCUGGAAAUCUUGCUAUAUAAAAUGCCAAACUGUGCUAAAAACAAAAGUAGGCACAUGAGGAGCAGUCAAGUGUAUCUCUGACUUCUUACCACAUUUUGACGUCAUCUGUGCUCUAUUACUGAACAGUCCCAUGGCAACAUAGAAUCUAUAUAUUUAACCCUUUGACUCCCAGAUCAAAUUUCUUACUCUCCUUACUGUCAACCAUACAAUUCUUAUAAUGUUACUUUGAAGAAUCUAGUAUUAGAUCAACUAAUUAUCCCCAAAUUGAUAUUUUUCUUUACUCUCAUCACUUAUCUGGUUGGUAUUGUAAGGAGAAAUUCUGUCUUGGUCACUCAUGGGAGCUAAAGGGUUAAUAUGAUAAUGGUGUUGUCAUUUACGUGUCUUUCCUCCAAUAGAUCAUAAGUAUUAACUAAUCAUAGUUUAGCUCAGCUUAUCAUAUGCUAGAUCAUGCAACUUAACAACCUGGGACAGUUUUUCAAAAGCUGGGCUAAGCUCACCCGGGGUUGGUGUGAAAUUUUAUUCCAGGUCUGAAGGCUUAAAAGAAAAUCCAUUUUAAAUCUUUCUGCAAUUUGAAGAUUGGAUGUUCCAAACAGAACUGAGAAAAUUUUCCCUAAAAGGCUCUUGAACAGAGAAAUACAGAAAUCUGGACUCAAAUUUAACCCUGUGUUAGUGCUAAUCAGCCUCCGAACAAUUAGGACCUGUGCCUUAGACAUGAGUUCUGUUGUUAACAUCAAACCAUUUUGGUCUGUUCAUCUCUAGGUUACAGUUUCCAUGGGAGAUGAUUACGAUGAACAAGUACUUAAAAAUGUGCGAAAAACAGCAGGACGAUCAAAGAAACUUGUUGGUGAACUUCACAAUCUUAAAGCUAAGAUAUAUUCUUUGGAAAAUGACAUAAGGCAUAUGGGUUGA